GACUUCUUUGCGUUCUUAAUCUAUUACCCGAAACAAAACCCGAAAAAUUUUCUUCAAUUUUUACAAAAGACUGUGGAGUAUAUAGAAUUGAUCAUGCGAGUUACAAACGUUGAUGCUGAUAAUCAGAAGUCUGUCGGGUCUUGAUAAUGGCUUUUGAUGGAAAUUAUGCAGAGACUUCUUUGUCCUGUUUAUUACACGUUGAAUUCAAAAGAUUUUCUGAAUCCUAGAUUUCAAGAAAUUUCCUGGAAAACCGGAGGCGCAAAAUUUUCGCAGUACAAAAACUCGCAAUUGUUAAUAACUUAAAAUACUUUAAUCAGGUGGAGCGUAGACGGUGGUAUAAUUUCUAAUAAUAUAGAUUGCCGACACCGUAGAAACUUGGCUAUCCCAUCUCAUUUUGUAGAAAACUGAAUCGGUAAUGUAAUGUGACCGUUAACCGAUUUUGAUCCAGCUAGGUUUUCUAGAAAACCAGAUUUUUCAGAAAUCGUUUUUUCAAGACGCAGAGAUGUCACACAAUUCUUCUUUAUCGAACUAUAUAGGGUUUGAUGCGCUCUUUCAUAUGAAGCUAAGCUCAAGGUUCUAGAGAAUGCGCUUAGGUGAUGUUUCACAAGUUAGGCCAAAUCGGCUGGAAAACGCAAGUUGCGCAUUUCCGCCGAGAGAGCAAAGUAGCAAUAACUUUUUUUUAAGUCAUUUGGAGAUCUGCGGUUUUCUCAACACCUGAACAUAAACUAACAAUUCCUGGAACGAUACCGUCACACUCAAAAGAAAUUCAAAACGCAACACAGCUAGAUAUAAAUUUAUGGAAACAAGUGUUCCAGAAUAAUGAUUUGUGCCGAGGUCUAUUGUUAUCCGAUCUUGGUCCAGAGUCAAGUUUUGAACCGAUCCUUCAGUUCAAAAACGAUGCCUUACCAAAAUUCAAGAUCAGUGAUUCAUCAUACAUCGAAGCCCACCUUGCCUAUACGAAGCGUAGUAACUCAUAUAUACGAAGUAAAUUCGCAAAGUUCGAACCAAGCUUGCAGUGUCCGUUUCUUUCUACAUCAUUCAAGUACGACAAAGAAGAGACAGAAGCACGGACGAAAGAAGAGAAAACUAUUUAUACAACGUGUACGUUCAAUUUUCCUCGAGUCAUUGUCAAAUUAGAUGAAAGUUAUUUGGAACCAACAGAACAUUUUCGACAUGAUGUCGAAUGUCUAUUCUCUCAACCUUCGAAUGAACAAUUAGAAGCGUUACACAGAGUCUUCGAUAAGUACGGACAUGUGAUAGCAAGUGAGAUCACACUUGGUGCACAGCUUUAUCAUACAGAGAUAGAAUCAACGAAAAGUGACGUUGACGAGGAAAGUUAUAAAAAUUCAAAAUCGGUCGGAUUUAAAGCGUCCUUACAAAAUCUGAAUGUCGGAGUUGGUGUAAGCGGAGGAAAAGGUCAUGGCAAACGGAAAAAUAACAAUAAACUCGAUCAAAAAUCAUGUAUUGUAUACGAAGCCACCGGUGGUGAUACAACACUGAGUCGCGAUCCAGGUAAAUGGACCGAAACGAUAUCGAAUGUUCUAUCAUGGCGUGUAAUCAAAUAUAACAGUGUUGUGCCCGUUUACGAAAUACUGAGUAAACACUUACAACAUAAAGUUAAGCUAAUUACAAAGAGGCAUUUAUGGUCGGAGAAUCUGUAUAAUGGUCAAAAACUGAAAAUACUUAAGGAAAAGUUUGAGGCUUUAGGAGGCACAUUUGAUAUUAAAAGCAGCAAGGGGGAAAUACGAGAAAGCUUCAAACGUGGCACUGUGAGGCAAUACUAUGAACUGAUUCGUCAGACGUUUUAUAUCGAUGCGUUGAUCAUAAAACACGCCGACUUGUUGAGUGUAGAUGAUACUGAUUAUUUGAUUAAAACAAUCGAAUUGUCAACGGUAGGUUCUUUGCUCAUUUAUUAUGAUGGCCACAAAGGAGAUGCUUUAACAAUAGUAGGGAAACUGAGAGCAACAUGUGAUUAUACUAACAUUCAAUGUCAGAUCCUAUUAAACUGCUGGGCAAAGAUCACAGAUGACGACGUAAAACUGCUUCAGAAGUUAUUAAAGGGAGACUAUGACAACCUUUCUCUGAAUAUCCAGAUAGAAGGUUCUAAUCAAGUACUCGACGGCAAAGAAAUAAAACUUUCUCUUGAUAACGUUACAUCAACAAGAAGCGCAACCGAAAACAUCGCUAAAGUGCUGAAGUGCAGUAAAACAGUCACCAUUUUCAGCGCAAGAUCUACUAAAAUGACAACGGAAACAAUACUGCCUAUGAUAGAACUAUUGGAAACAGAUUACAAAUUAACAACGAUUGAUCUACGUAGGAAUGAAAUUUCCGACGAUGGAGCCAGAGCUUUAGCAGAAAUGUUUAAAGUUAAUAGAACAUUAACAACGAUUGAUUUAAGCUGUAAUCCAAUUUCCGGCGAUGGAGCCAGAGCUUUAGCAGAAAUGCUUAAAGUCAAUAGAACAUUAACAACAAUUAAUCUAUUUGGCAAUGGCAUUUCCGACGAUGGAGCCAAAGCUUUAGCAGAAAUACUUAAAGUUAAUAGAACAUUAACAACGAUUGAUUUAAGCUAUAAUCGAAUUUCCGGCGAUGGAGCCAAAGCUUUAGCAGAAAUGCUUAAAGUCAAUAGAACAUUAACAACAAUUAAUCUAUUUGGGAAUGGAAUUUCCGACGAUGGAGCCAAAGCUUUAGCAGAAAGGUUUAAACUUAAUAGAACGUUAACAACGAUUGAUCUACGUAGGAAUAAAAUUUCCGACGAUGGAGCCAGAGCUUUAGCAAAAAUGCUUAAAGUCAAUACAACAUUAACAACGAUUAAUUUAGCGCAAAAUGAAAUGUCUGCCGAUGGAGCCAGAGCUUUAGCAGAAAUGCUUAAAGUUAAUAGAACAUUAACAACGAUUAAUCUAUUUGGGAAUGGAAUUUCCGACGAUGGAGCCAGAGCUUUAGCAGAAAUGUUUAAAGUUAAUAGAACAUUAACAACCAUUGAUUUAAGCUAUAAUCCAAUUUUCGAGGAUGGAGCCAAAGCUUUAGCAGAAAUGCUUAAAGUCAAUACAACAUUAACAACGAUUAAUUUAGCGCAAAAUGAAAUUUCUGCCUAUGGAGCCAGAGCUUUAGCAGAAAUGUUUACAGUUAAUAGAACAUUAACAACGAUUGAUUUAAACUAUAAUCGAAUUUCCGACGAUGAAGCCAAAGCUUUAGCAGAAAUGCUUAAAGUCAAUACAACAUUAAGAACGAUUAAUUUAGCGCAAUAUGAUCUGCUCGAUUAUCUGCUCGAUGAUCUGCUCGAUUAUCUGCUCGAUGAUCUACGCGAUGAUCUACUCGAAUGA